UGGGGCGGGCCCGCUGUGGGAAAGUGGGCGUGACCUAAGGGGGAAAUCACCAGAAACGCACCGGAGGUCUUUGCGGGAAUAAACGCCCUCUGCGGGGAAGGAGAGAACACGCCGCCAUGCCUCCCUCUGGACCCCGUGGAGCCCUCCUUCUGUCACCGCUCCUGCUGCUGCUGCUGCUGCCUCUGCUGCGCUCUGUGCUGGCCGUUCCCCUAGAGCGGGGGGCGCCCAACAGGGAAGAGAGCCCAGCGACCGAAAGCCCCGACACAGGCCUGUACUACCACCGGUACCUCCAGGAGGUCAUCAAUGUACUGGAGACAGAUGGACACUUUCGGGAGAAGCUGCAGGCUGCCAACGCAGAAGACAUUAAGAGCGGAAAGUUGAGCCGCGAGCUGGACUUCGUCAGCCACCAUGUCCGCACCAAACUGGAUGAGCUCAAGCGACAGGAGGUGUCACGGCUGAGGAUGCUGCUAAAGGCCAAGAUAGAUGCCGAGCAGGAGCCCAAUGUACAGGUGGAUCACCUGAAUCUCCUGAAACAGUUUGAACAUCUGGACCCUCAGAAUCAGCACACAUUUGAAGCCCGAGACCUGGAGCUACUGAUCCAGACGGCCACCCGUGACCUUGCCCAGUAUGAUGCAGCCCAUCACGAAGAGUUCAAACGCUAUGAGAUGCUUAAGGAGCAUGAGAGACGCCGUUACCUGGAGUCACUGGGAGAAGAGCAGCGAAAGGAGGCAGAGAGGAAGCUUGAAGAACAACAGCGCCGGCACCGAGAGCACCCCAAAGUCAAUGUGCCUGGCAGCCAAGCCCAGUUGAAGGAGGUAUGGGAGGAACUAGAUGGAUUGGACCCCAACAGGUUUAACCCCAAGACCUUCUUCCUAAUGCAUGAUAUCAACAGCGAUGGUGUCCUGGAUGAGCAGGAACUAGAGGCCCUCUUCACCAAGGAGCUGGAGAAGGUGUAUGACCCAAAGAAUGAGGAUGAUGAUAUGCGGGAGAUGGAGGAGGAGCGUCUGCGCAUGCGGGAGCAUGUGAUGAAGAAUGUGGACACCAACCAGGACCGCCUUGUGACCCUGGAGGAGUUUCUUGCAUCCACCCAGAGGAAAGAGUUUGGGGAUACUGGCGAGGGCUGGGAGACAGUGGAGAUGCACCCUGCCUACACUGAGGAAGAACUGAGGCGUUUCGAGGAAGAGCUGGCCAUCCGGGAGGCAGAGCUAAAUGCCAAGGCGCAGCGCCUCAGCCAGGAGACAGAGGCUCUCGGGCGGUCCCAGGGCCGCCUGGAGGCCCAGAAGAGAGAACUGCAGCAGGCUGUUCUGCAUAUGGAGCAGAGGAAGCAGCAGCAGCAGGGGCACAAUGCCCCUGCCUCCAACCCUGAGGCACAGCUCAAGUUCCACCCAGACACAGAUGAUGCACCUGUCCCAGCUCCAGCUGGUGACCAGAAGGAUGUGGAGGCUUCAGAAAAGAAGAUUCUUGAACAGCAGCCCCCUGAGGUGCCCCAGCACCUGUGACCCUUCAGAGAUUCCCAACACUCCAGAUUUCU